AUGGAAGGAUUCCCGCUGCUCCAUGCCAUCUUCUUUAGUGAAUUCCAUCACAUUCAAGGUCCUAAAGUGGUGUACGAAACCCCAGAGGCAACAGCUCCAAACUCGCAUCUCUUGCUCGACUUUGAUGCCAUCUCAGAUUACAUUAUUCCCAAAUCCGAUCUCUGCAACCGUCUAGUCACACUUUCUGCUACUCCUCCCUACAAAAUUGUUGGUCAUCCUGUUUUGAUUGAGCAUCCCAAAUACGAACGUAAUGCAAUGUUGUUCAACUUGUGCUUUGUGUUUGAUUCCAAUGCCAAUACGGCUUGCUACGAGCAGAUUGUUACCAAAAUGGCUCGCGUAUUGAAAUCUCUCGAGGUAGAAAGUGAGUUUUUAUCCAAUCCUGCUACAAAAGCCACGGUAUUAAACAUUAUCGAGCAGCUGCUUGAAGAUUUGAAUUCAUACAACGAAUGCCAGAUCCCUAUUAACGAUGCAAACACGAUCAACCUAAAGUUGUUUCCUCAUUAUCCACCACCGCCACUUGUUCAUGACUAUCAAGUUCCUGUCUCGAUGUUGAAUUUGGAAAGCAUUAUGGACAAGCAUUGGGAUCUUACAAUGCAAAGAAUUAUCCCAUUUAUAAAUGGCAUUCAUUCUGUACAGCGCAUUUCAUAUUUAUCUGAUGUUAAUAUCAUGCUUGUGCGACUUGCUGUGCAGCAUUUGCAUUAUUAUGGAUGCGUAAGGCUUAUUGAUAUAUUUCAGUUUUCCAAUAUUUAUAGCGUGACUUCUGCUGUUGCAACAUUAGUAUCUUCAGAAGAAGCUCAGUACGACUGUAUUCAGUUUGUAUGUAAACCAAAUGUGUCAUUGCCAAAAUUUGGAGUCAUACUCUCUUUGUACUGUUCUCUCAAAGGCGGUAUGACAAUUAUUGACUGGAUCAGUGACAAUCGAGAAAUUAUGUCUAGUAUUGAUGUUAGGCGAUUUAUUGUAUAUGGUCUUUUGAAAGGGUUUGUGUAUCGAGUUCAUCGAUAUCCUAUUUUGACUCGAUCUGUUGAUGAAUCUAGAUUGGCCAUAGACACCCUCCUAUCUCGAAAUAGAAGACUUUUAGAUGGACAGCACCAUUUUGAUGAUAUUUGCACAAAACUGCAAAUCAGUGCCAAAGACCUUAACGAUCGACUCACUCAUUUGGGCACACAUUUUAUUCUGAGUUGA